AUGGCAUCGUCAAGCAAAUGUCUUCUUUUCAUGUUUUUGUGUCUAACUGUUCUAUUGAUCCCAGAAGCUACCAAAACUGACGAUUCACAAAGACGUAGAAUUUUUGUGAUAGGUCUUUGCUCGAAGAUUCCAGACUGCAAUAAGAAAUGUUUUGAAUCCCAUUACGCUGGUGGCAAGUGUUUUAAACUAACUCCCAGCGCCACUGAAUUAUUAUGUGGUUGCAAUAUAUAA